UGUCUCGUCCGCCAUGUUGGCGCAGAUGAAAGCAGAACUACGCCGCACGUGCUUUGACUACAAAAAUGCGUCAUUUUUAAAAGUCCGCCCUGAUUGGUCGACACAAAUAUACUUCCUGGACACCGGAAGUGAGUUUGAAGUCAAGAUGGGGACUCGCGUGAAGGUCCUGAGCGUGUUUAAAGCGCUGCACAGAACAAGAAUGACUGUAUUCAAAGACGACAGCAGAGCACUGACAGCUGCAAGAUUAAAGAUCAAUGAGGAGUUCCAGAAAAACAAAGAUGAAACAUCAGAAGAAAACAUUGCAAAGAUGAUCAAAAUGGGCUCAGAUGUGGAAGCGGUUCUUCGACAGACCGUUUUACAAAUGGAACAUGUCGCAGAUAACACACUAUUGCUCGUACCCAGAGAGAGCCUUCUACUAGAAAAUGUUCCCUAUUGUGACCAGCCCAGGAAAAAGACAUGACAUAUUAAAUCUUUCUCACCCAAAAAAAGAGACUCACUGUCAUCCAUCUGCAGUUUAAAGUAUUUAACCCAAACAUUUGAAGAUCAUCUCUACAAUGCCGGUUUUUGAUUCACUGCUGGUGUCGGCUGUUCUACUGUAAGAAAUCACUGCUACAAACUGGAUAAUGUAGUUUCAUGUAUAGUGUUGUGUCAAAUAUUAUUUAAAUGUUUUCAUUUCAUUUGGAAUUGUUCUGCUUGACCUUUAGCAGCUCGUGGUCACCCUGAAGUCGGUGGAAAUGCUGCUUUGCUGCUACUGAAAAAUAAAUGUAUGACUGCGAACUUAUUAAAGACGAGGAUCCCCA